AUGUGGGGUGGCGUCAAGGCGCGUGCACACCACGGCGACAUCUUUCGUGGGUGGAGUGCUAGCCAGGGGUUGGAGAACUUGCGGCGCAAAUUGUACCGGGAGCCUCGUCCGUGGUACUUGGCAUGGUCUUUGCAUCACCACAAGCACCUCCUGAGCGAUCACCACUGUGCUCGCUUGUUGGCGUGGUGCACAACUGUGAUGGACCUUGAGAAGCGAAAGACGGCAAAGCGUCAGGCGUACAUGUACUCCCAACAUGUUUUUCAGACCAUGGUUCACAGCCACAAAGUAGGAUCGGAGACGUAUCAAGAGUUUUUCAGACUUUGUGCUGCUGGGCGCGACUUGACGACGGCAUUUCGUUGGCAACAGUAUUUGGUGGAAACGGGUCAUCCAUUCUCCCUCUCCCACUAUACAUGGCUUUUACACAUUGCUGCUCUCUCGCCAAAUGAUGAAAGUGCCGAAGAUAUGGCGGAGGCAGUGUGGGAAAUGUACUUGGCCCGUUAUUUUCAUCUAGUGAAACAUGAAGUGACCGAUGGCACUGCCACCUUGCAAUUUCAAACCUCCGAUGAAGAAACCCGGGAAUUAGAGGGACUAUUUAGAGCUUUUAAGCAACUCCGCUCUAAAAUAUAUCAUUGCGCAAAGCCAGAACUCCUUGAGUUUAUCGAUGCUCUUCCUGAUGGCAGUUCUAACUCUGUCUCAAAUGAUACUUGGCCGCCAGUUAGCCGGCAUCAUACUUUUCGUCACUUGGAAGCGGGAGCGUCAUGGACUCCUCCAACGUUGUCACGCCCACACCUUCGGGAUUCUAUUUUGCACGAGAGCUUUACAAAUGACUUGGAACAGGCAGCCUUUGCGGGCAAUGUGCAGCGCGUGGUGGAGCUUGUGGAUGAGUACUUGCGGCGUAUUUCCGCUGAGAAGAGCAAAGAAAGCGCAAAAAAACACCGGGCGGGUGAACGGGAUAUUUGGCAUUGCUUUUCGGAUCCAUCGGCUGUUGCUUUUCGAAAGCCACUUGUUGAGGCAGGCGGCGUCACGGCGGAGCUUUAUCAUUACCUUAUUGUGGCAAUUUCGGCAACGAAGCCGUCACUGGCACUUCGUUCACUACGAUGCAUGGAAGAGAGCAAUCUUCAGGUGCUUGAUUUGACACGGGCAGUUAUGAUUGUGAGAUGUGAGGGCUCCUCAGCAGAUCAACAAGCACUUCUUCGGGAACAGAUCAAAGAAAUUGAAUUGAGACGGAAAAUUGACGAGGAUUACGAUCUCACACGAGAAGUUGAGCUCUUCUGGAAGUUCUGUUAUACAGAUUUUUUUCACUACCGCAAUGCGUUGAGUCGAAUGGAGUUGUAUCUUAUACUUAUGGAGGGUUUGGGGCCUGUCCGGGUUCAGGAACUGCUGAUGGAGGCAAAACUCCACGAGUCAUGCUCAAUGGAGGACGUGGUUGUGCUCGAUGAGAACUUCCGUGCGGCGGCUGCGGUGUAUUUUCGAUCUUGUUGCGGUGAAGUGGAUGUGAAUAAGGCGCUGGAUGACAUCACAGAGAAGAUGCCAAAACUUGACAUCAGUUUGGUGGGCUCUAUUCCCCAUUUCAGCGACUAUGCACUACCCGAAGGGGAGUUUGUCGCUACGGAUGCCUCUGCGUUACGAAACAAGUUGGUGGGGUUUAAAAGGAUCUUUAUUUUGGAUUCUUCCUUUGUAGAGACAAGCGAACACUUUAUUACGGUGGGGCAAACCUCUGAUGUUGAGGAUGAGGGGUCUUCUCUUCUUCUUAUUCCCUACUGCUGUCUGCAGCAGAUGUCCUUAACAAUUGAGCAAGAGAAUGAUAUUGUGACGAUGGAUGAGGCCCUGCAGGAGACCAACAAGGCUGAGCCUUUUAUUGCCUCGCAGCGGCUACGAAGUUUGUUUGCACUCCUGCGAGACGUGAAUAAAAAAAGACGAACUCGUGUUCUCCAUUUCAGUGAAUGUCUUAUGGCACACUCUGUGAUGGAGUCGCAGAUAAAGGCCGCGGUUCUUGAUCCCGCUCACUCGGACAACGAUCACUUGUUUUUGCUUCUUGCCAUGAUACGGACAAUAGCACCUGAGGAAGCCGAUGUGGUGCUCUGCACGAAUGAUGCAGCUCUUGUGAAAAUUUUUCACGAUGACAAGUCUGCUUCUUUUUUUGUUGGAAAAAUAAGCGUCAUGUCAUCACAGCCGCCGCCGCAGGUGUUGAAAAAUGGGGAAGACCUCAUCGAUGACAACCCUGAGUUGUGUAUGUCGAUGGAUUUUGAACCCAAAUUGCAGACUUCCACGUAUCUUGGAGAGAAGAGUCGCGUUCUGGAAGGAACUGCCAUGCUGCCCUCAAAAACACAAUUGCCCGAGGUGGAUGAACAUGUCUUGGGAACCGCAUGGCUUGACAUGCUUGACGGCGAGGAACAAAGGGAGAAGCCCAUGGAUUUAGCAAGCUGUACUCCUUGUUCUCAAGUUGAGGAUUCAAAAACAGGGGCUGCGAAGGAAAUGAAGCAUAUUGGCGAAAAGGAGAACGAGAAGGAGGAGGAUGAUGGGGAGGACGAUUUGGCAGCUCGAGAAAAUGAAAGGCUUAUGAACACAUACGACUCGGAGCAUGCGGUUGUACCAGUGGGAGCCUUGAUGGCGGAGGCGUCAUCAUUAGGAUCCGUGUUUGAGCAGUUUGAUGUUGUCGGGCCGGAUGCUGAAUUGGAGCGUGCCAUGGCGUCACCAGCGCCGUACGAAACACCCGGUCAACCGAGUGUCAGGCCUCGCAGAAGAACUCUGUUGGAAAUGGAGGCAAGAAGAAAUCGUGGCGCAUCUAGUAGGCAGCGAUUUCGUCUUGCAAGGCGAUUAAGUAACAUCUCGGGGGGACGCGUUCCGUUUAACUUCCGCUACAGGGUACUUGAGGUGAAUAUAGCGGACCCGAAAAAUAAAUCCUUCGUGGACGCCUACAAGAAAGGCGUGGCGAAAAAACGAGAGAGCUUCAAACGGAAGUUUAAGAAAUCCUAUCUGGUUGGCGGUAUUUCGCCGUAA